AUGGCGUCCCGACAAGCAGGAGCUCGCCCCGGCGUGAGAUUCGCCCAGUUUAAACUCGUUUUGCUCGGUGAGCUACUCCCGAAUCGUUCUGGUUGUUUGAAGUAUAGACAACAGUUUGCUAAUGUCUUCUGGUUCUAUUAUUCAGGAGAGUCCGCUGUGGGAAAGGAUCAAUUCGAUGACUAUCGGGAGUCGACAAUCGGCGCCGCUUUCUUGACCCAGACCAUCUCCCUCGACGAGAGCACUACAGUCAAGUUUGAAAUAUGGGAUACUGCUGGCCAGGAGAGAUACAAGUCGCUGGCUCCUAUGUACUACCGAAACGCCAACUGCGCAGUGGUUGUCUAUGACAUCACCCAGGCUUCGUCGCUGGAUAAGGCAAAGUCGUGGGUGAAAGAGCUUCAGCGCCAAGCAAAUGAGAACAUUGUGAUUGCCCUGGCAGGCAACAAGCUCGACCUGGUCACCGAAAGUCCCGAUAAGCGGGCAAUUCCCACAGCUGAUGCCGAAGCCUAUGCUCGGGAGGCUGGUCUUCUUUUCUUUGAAACGUCCGCCAAAUCCUCGACAAACGUGCGUGAACUGUUCACCGCCAUCGCCAAGAAACUACCUCUUGACCAAGCCGGCCCUCGGAACCUCCGGACGACACCUCGACCAGGUGUCGACCUGCGACCCGAAGCCCCCGGGACCCAGGGCGCUGGCGCAUGCAAUUGCUAA